AUGCCAGAAAAUACUGGAAUUAUUGCAAAAGAAAAAAAAGAAUUAACUAGUUAUCUCAAGGAACAGGGAUUUCUCAUCUCCAAUGCCGAAAUUUAUCAGGGGUUAGCCAGUGCUUGGGAUUUAGAAUUAGAAGAUAAAAAUAACUAUAAUUUUAAGGCAAUUUGCUCCAAUUGUGAAAUAGUAGAUGGCAAAGAAAACGUUGUUUAUUUACGACCCGAAACAGCCCAAGGUAUAUUCAUUAAUUUUCCGUCUAUCCAAAGGAGUACUCACCGGCAGCUACCUUUUGGUAUCGGACAAAUUGGCAAAAGUUUUCGUAAUGAAAUUACUCUUCGCCAUGGCAUUUUCCGCACUCGAGAAUUAUGUAGCAAUAGCCAUCGUGGCAAUUAUGAUUUGUCCCAGCACAGCCAACAUUCUGGAAAAAAAAUAAGUAUUAACGGAAUUGUCCCGGAAGUAAUAGAGGUUUCUUUUGGAGUAGAAAGAUUAAUGUUGGCUGCUUUAGAAGAUGCUUAUCAGGAGGAAGUGAAAACGAAUGAGGAUGGUUCGCAAACUAACCGAGAAAUUUUAAGACUUCACCCUCUUUUAUCUCCCUACUUUGUAGCAAUUAUCCCCUUACCGGUUAGCCAAGACAAAGCGGGCGGAAAGGAAAAAAUCCGUGCCAAAGCCUAUCAAUUAUAUUGUGAGUUGCUGAAAAUCAGCAAUUUCACGGUAACUUAUGAAAAAACUAAUGAUAUUGGCAAAAGUUAUCGUCGGCAGGAUGCCAUUGGCACUUAUUUCUGUUUUACGGUCGAUGACCAAACUCUCCAAAGUAAUACUAUUACCUGUCGCCAACGAGAUACCAUGAAACAAACAAAAUUAGAUGCUGAUAUUAAUUCCCUUAAAAAUUAUUUAAAUAGUCUAUAUGAAGAAUACUGGCAAGAGCAAACCAUCGCAGUGAUUGAUUAUAAGAAAGACUUAGGAGAACAAUUAGCCGAACCUAGUGUAAAAGAUGUUAGUCAACUAUUAAAAGAUAGUGAAACCCUAGAAAAAACUAUUAAGCGUGCCUUAAAUAGCAAAAACAAAAACUUUUCCUCCAACGAACGAGCAGAAAUACAGCGUGGGCUAAAUAAUAGUCAAAUUUCACUCGAUUCUGUCAUUACCGGAAUAGAUUUAAAUAAACUAACUGACGAAGAAUUAAAAAUUCUUUAUUCGCUACUCUAUGACCGAGGUAAAAAGUUAGUUGAAUUAAAGACAAAAGUAAGCAUCGGUAAAACUUAUGAAGAGUUAAGGAAACAAAUGGAUAUUACUCAGCGAAAUUGGAAAAUUCCUUUUCAUGAGCAGCAGGAGAUAGAUGUCCAAUUAAAAAAACCAGUGUUAGUCGGAGGACGAAAGGCCAGCAAGGAUUUUCCGGAUGAUGUUAAUCAUUUCAAAACAGUUCAUCAUAUGAAAGAAAAAAACGGAGAAGAAUGGGCUAUUGACCUCCGUGGACCUGUCAAAAUUGAUUUUGAUGGUUAUGGUGGUUUCCUAACGAAAGAAGACAAGAAAGGUUCUACCGAAGGAAAAAAGACUUUUGGUUUAACUCUCUCUGACCCAGUGACUUCCCUAGCCUUCAAGGAUAAAAACGAAAAAAUCAUAGAUGAAGUCAAAAUAGUGGGUCGUAACCAUCGUUCCAUAACAAUUAAAUUAAAAAAGAAAUUAUUUUUUAAUCGGGAAGGUUAUGAUGAAUGGCUGACCGAUGUCUAUCAAACAGACGAACAAUCAGGUCGAAAUUAUUUUGAUAUUUGUUGGGAGGAAGUGAUUGAAACUAUUGCCCAUGAAUUGGCUCACUCCGUAAUUAACUCUUUGCAUGCUAAAUAUGAUGGUGAAAAAGGAGGUGGUCAUGAAAAAAAAAUAGUUAAAUUUAACAUUGCUAUUGAUGGGCCGGUUGGUUCUGGGAAAACUACUAUUGGCCAGUUAGUAGCGAAAAAACUCGGUUAUCAAUUUUUCGAUAAUUGGCUAGCAGGAAAUAGAAAAAGAAUAGUCGCUGAUUUAGAAAAAUUACGAGGUCAACUUAGUUCGCCCGAAAUUAGUGAUUUAGCCUCCCGGUUAUCGCCACUCGCUAAGUUACGAAAAAUUAUCCUUGACUUUCAACGGGAAUUAACUGCGGAAAGGGCUAGUUUGGAGGAAAGAGUCCGACGCCGAAAUAAACAAUAUGAAAUAAAAUUAAGUUCAGAAGCGGUAAAAAAAGAGUUGCAAAAUAGAGAUGAACGAGACGAAAAAAGAAAAAAAUCUCCACUGAAAAAGACUGCUGAUAGUUGA